AUGCUAUCGUCCACGGCAACACAGACAACAUUCGGUCAGCUCAGCGAGAUCUUUGGGAGGAAAGCGAUCAUAAUCCUCUGUUAUGCGGUAUUUGGCCUUGGCUGUUUCAUCGUGGGAGCUGCACAGUCCAUGACCACCGCGAUCGCUGGGAGAGUCCUCUCCGGUGCCGUCAGCGCAGGGUCCAACGUACUCGUGUCUUUGGUCGUCACGGACCUUCUUCCGGUGCGAGAAGUCGCGACCUGGAGGUCGUAUAUCAAUGUGGUUGCCGUCAGUGGCCGCUGUAUGGGUGGGCCGCUCGGAGGCUGGCUGGCAGACAUGAUAGGUUGGAGGAUCGGCUUCGGUACCGGCGUUGCACUUUCCGCCCUCUUUAUCGCCGUCCAAGCUUCCGUGAGCAAGCAACAGGUUGCUCCCGCUAUAUCGGCUCUAUAUCUUGCUUCCGGGUUCGGAACAGUCGUCGGUCUUGCCGCUGUGAGCGCGACUUUUCAGGCAGGCUUGAGGAGCACCCUCGAGGCCCGCCUGGUGAACUUGCACCUUAAUGAGGAGUUACGAAGUGAGAUCCUUGAGAAGGCGCUGGCCAGCGUUGAAUACAUUUAUAAAACAAAUGGGGACGUUGCCAAUGCGAUUACGGAGUCUUAUAUUGAUGGGCUUUGGUAUAGCCACAUCGUAUCUCUUGGCGCUUCGCUUCUGGCGUUCAUGUCGACACCUUUACUGAGAGAAUAUAAGCUAUGA